AUGGACACGUUGAAGAAGUUGGUGGAAAAACGCGAGGAGAUCGACAGAAAAUUGGCCGAUCAACGCGAGAUUCUUGAAGCAAGCAAUGCGACGAUGGACUCGCCAUUGGUGGAUCAAGAAGGCUUUCCCAUCGCGUCGGUCGAUGUGUAUUCUGUUCGUCUUGCUCGAGUUGAGAUCAUUCGUCUUCAAAACGAUCGUAAGCAGCUCGAGGAGGAUAUCUUGGUUCAGCUUCAGGUGGCUCACGGUGACCCAGCAAACGAUUCACAAAGCAAUUAUCCGAUCGUUCAUCGCACCUCAAACAACACAUUUGCGAAAGUUCUUGAUGUGAUUCCCGGCUCGCCAUCGGAUGUGGACGGCUUAAAGAAGGGCGAUGAAUUGCUUCAAUGGGGACCCGUUCACUACGAUGUUUUCACGAACAUGAAAGACGUGGUUGAUACGGCGAUGAACAGCGAGAGUCAGAUUUUGCGAGUAACGGUGUUAAGGAAGGAACGACCAAUUCGAUUGGAGAUUACGCCUCGUAAAUGGAGUGGACAAGGAUUGCUCGGCUGCAAGCUUGAAAGCCUCAAGAAU